AUGAGGACUACAGACAUCAGGGACAACAUGGAGGACUACAGACAUCAGGGACAACAUGAGGACUACAGACAUCAGGGACAACAUGGAGGACUACAGACAUCAGGGACAACAUGGAGCACUACAGACAUCAGGGACAACAUGAGGACUACAGACAUCAGGGACAACAUGGAGGACUACAGACAUCAGGGACAACAUGGAACACUACAGACAUCAGGGACAACAUGGAGGACUACAGACAUCAGGGACAACAUGAGGACUACAGACAUCAGGGACAACAUGGAGCACUACAGACAUCAGGGACAACAUGAGGACUACAGACAUCAGGGACAACAUGGAGCACUACAGACAUCAGGGACAACAUGGAGGACUACAGACAUCAGGGACAACAUGGAGGACUACAGACAUCAGGGACAACAUGGAGGACUACAGACAUCAGGGACAACAUGA